AGACGCGCGCUCCCGUCAACAACUUACACGCGCUCAAUGUGGACUGCAACCAGCUAUAACGGACCACAAACGAGAAUGACUAGCGCUUUAUGUUGGCGUUUUGGCUCGUUUCUCCUUAUUGACUUGGUGAUGAUCACAUCAAGCACUAAGACGGGGCAAAGUGCAGCCAUGGAUAUCUUCAGUCAAAAUGUCAUUAUCCCACCCAGGCCAGAGGCAUCCAUACAUCAACAUCAUCAUCACAGGAGACACCGAGAUCACAGAGAGAGGAUAAGAUCAGGUCAGCUCAGAGAGACGCCCCACAUUGUGUUCCACACCCAAAAUGAGCGUCCGGAGCUGGAGAGCCUCCGUCCUGUCCGCUUAGAGAUAGAGCCAGGAGAGAAAAGAUGGGUGAUGAGCGCUAGGACCUUCCUGGGGUUGGAGACCUUAAUUCCAGAGCAAAUUAAUAUAUCUCCAGGUGCUGAGAUCGCAAAGAAGCCGAUGAGACAUCCUACUGGUCACAAGGUGUUGGUUGGACACGUCAUUAUGGACGGUCAUGAUAAGGAACGUAGGGCACCGGUUAAGAAACAGACGAUUUCUUUUGUAAAAAGGCUGAAUGAUGAGAGUCCGACAGAGCCUGUGUUUCCUACCACCACCUUUGGGUCCUUCAUAUCAGCAGUAACUUCAUCAGCUGAUGGAGAGCCCUCCACAAGAUUGACCCCCACCAGUAAACCACAGGUCAGAAGUUAUUCAGAUACAGAUGUGACACCCACUUUAAACAUGGCGUUGUUUGACUGGACGGAUUAUGAAGAUAUGAGACCUGCAGAAAAACAGCUCAAUAAGAGAACAAAGUGGAUUGCAGACUCGGAUGUUCAGCCUAAUAAGAGCACAAGCAGUGAAAAUGUGACUUUUACAUCAAAUGAAAAGUGUAAACAUCACCUGGAUUGCCAACCAGGUUCCUGCUGCAAUCUCAGAAAUCACACGUGUGAUAUUCACAACCGGGGCCUCAACAACAAGUGCUAUGACAACUGCAUGUGUGAGGAAGGGCUUCGGUGCUUUGCCAAAUUACACAGAAAUGACCACAUCAAGGGCAAAAAGGGACAGUGUGUUGAUCCUGAGGGUGUAAAUUUAAACCAUGGCAUGUUCAUUGUUGUUUAAAUCAGGCAGAUCGAUGUCAUAAAGUUUUUCAAGUGCAUGUUAUGUAUGUUAUACUGUACAAUACACAAUUACGAUACACAAUUAUUUUCUUUUAAUCGCCUACAGUAUAUAAUUUCCAAAAUUCUAUAAACUUUGACAAUAAUACUUUGGGGAAAAACAAGAUAUAUUUGUAGAAACAGAUGCACACAGACAUGUACUUGCAUGACCAAUAAAUGAAUGAUGAAUGCAAAUGAAUUGCAUGACUGAAGUUCUGUAUUAUUGUGAAAUGAAAAUACAAUGACCUGUCACUGAAGUUCAAAAUGUGCAACAAAUGUAACAUCAAUGUAUUGCAGACAAUAAUACUUCCGUUAACGGUUAAUUGUUAAGUUGCGUUUAUUGUUUUUGUGUUAUUAUCAACGAACAAACAAAAACAUGAUCACAACAGAGCUGUGGGUAAUAAAUUGAGGGUCUUUCAUGGAGAAAAGCACCAGGGACAUUUCCAUUAUACAUUAUUAAACUUUUAAAUCGUCCUUUUGAAUUAUUCCAACUGGGUUGUGCUGUGCUGAAAUGCUUUUCAUCGUGCCUAUUCAGAGCCAUGGGUUUGUUAAAUGUUUUGCAGUAGGCUAUAUUAUGCAGUUUGUUCUCUGAGCAUGGCAAGUCUACACAUUGCACCUUACGGCUGUAAAUCGUUUAUAAACAGUAUGUUAAAUAUUAAUACAUUUUGUG